UUCCACCUUAAGCGCACGAUGCGAGCCAACGCACGCGUACAGGAGCCGUAGCUAAUGUUUCCGUUCUUCUCCGACACGCACGCAAUCUGUCGGUCUGUGCGCGCGCGUGCUUUCUGCACGGUUAUUUAAUCCGGUCGUAGAGACGCAGUUUAGUGAAAAGAACCGAACAAAAACAAACCGAAUAAACUUUUAGUUCCCGGGUGAAUGAUGUCGGAGCCGCGGUACCGCGAGUGGAUCCUGGACACUAUCGACUCUCUGAGGUCGAGGAAAGCGCGUCCGGACCUGGAGCGGAUCUGCCGGAUGGUGCGCAGGAGACACGGAGCUGAAGCCGAACACACGCGCUUACAGCUGGAGACACUCAUCCAGCAGCACGCGGUGCUCAAAGUCAACUACAAGGGCUCGGUAUCGUACCGCAACGCGGCCAAAGUGCAGCGCGGCAGGCGGAGGAGCGAGCAGGCGGCCGGUAAGAAGUCUUCCUCCUCCUCCUCCUCUUCCUCCUCCUCUUGCUCGAGUAACAACAAGCGAGUUUCACCAUCAGACCUGAACAACAGCGACAGCGCGCAGGGUCCGAUGGAGGACAUGGAAGACGAGCUGUCCACCACGGCCGGCAUGGACAGCAGCAUGGACGAGGAGGAGGCCAGUCUGGACGCCCCUUGCAUGCAGAUACCGAGUGCCGCCGACUCGGGCGUCAGUCUGAGUCCUGUCAUUACAGACGCUGAGGUGACCAGAGCUUCUCCCACGCCCUCCAAGAGCAGCUCUUCGUGCCACAGCACCCCGGAGAAGGACCGAGGAGCCGCUCACGUUUCCCCUGCGGUUCAGCGAGACACAGGCUCCCUGGAGCUGGAAGCAGUUCUGCAGCCGGCAGCCAUCUGUCCGUCGGCCCAGCGGAGCGCUCUGACACAGGAGGAGGAGCCGAGAGCUGGCGAGAACGCGCUCACUCCUGAUCAGCUGCUGUCUAACUGCACGUCCUUGUCGCACCAGGAUGAGGCAGUGGGAUCAGUGGCAUCAGACCAGCUGGAGGCGGGUAAGAAGUGCGGUAACGUGGAUGACGUCGCUCACACGCAAGGAACAGAAACAGCCAUGAACGAAGGGAUGAAGAAAGGAGGUUUGUUUAAAGCAGAGGAGAUGAUGGUGCAGGACCUCUUACAGUGGAGCGUGGCGGACGUUGUGAGCUACUUCACCUCUGUGGGGUUUCCUGAGCAGGCUGUGGCUUUCAGAAUGCAGGAAAUCGACGGGAAGUCCCUGCUCUUGAUGCAGCGCAGCGACGUAUUGACAGGUCUGUCGAUCAGACUCGGUCCCGCCCUUAAGAUCUACGAGCAUCACGUUAAGGUGCUGCAGAGGAGCCACUUUCAGGAACACAGCAGCAUCUUUUCUUAACCUCGCACCGCCUCAGAGACGGACGCUACUGACGCAGAGCCGAGGGAAGCCGCCCUGGAGCGACGGGGAGAGAAAGGACUCGACACUCUCAGCUCAGCGUUUCCUCCGUCCGGCUCCAGCGGAUUUCAUUUCUCUCCUCUCUCCCACUUCCUCUCGUCCUGUUUCAGCUCGCAGGAUUAACACCACCACUGAGCUGGGGGUCGCCCCGUCCAGUAUCCCCUUCUCUUCUGUUCCUGAGCGGGGGAGGGGCAUGGCAGAUUUACAUUCAUCAGUAUUGUUUUAGUUUUUUUUUGUUGUUGUUUUUCCCUGUGAUUUACACUAUGAUCUCAGUAAUAUAUAUAUUUUACGUUUGCGAUAUUAUAAAGACAUUUCCGCAUUCAUUUUAAUAUGUAAAGCAGCCAGAUAUAGAAAUGAAAUUGUUGGAUGUGUAAAGUUAGGAAAUAAAUUCCAAUUUCAGAAAUCUA